AUGCAACGGAGUCGGAAGGUCCCGAAAACAUGCUCAACUGUCCGUCUGGACGAGCCGUAUUUGAAGAUCGUAUUUGCUGUUGCUGAAAGGGCGAGAGGCAUAUUUUGGGUUGUCGAAAUUCAUUCGAUUCUCGAAGUUGGGUCUUACGAUGGAGUCUACGUCUUCGAUUUGGUUGUCGAGCGUAAGCUCACCAUGACUUCACGUGAUACCGAUCCAUGGAAGCAUGGCACCCCAAUAGAUUACGCUCCAAGCUCGAUCUUUGGUACAUGGACGGAGUAUCGUUCAUUCAGCAGUGCCCAAUUCUCAGCACAAACU